AUGGCUAUCGCCAUCUGGAAUACACGAGAUGUCAUCUCGCUGUUCCAGCAAUAUGGCACCGCCUUAUUAGCCGCUACCUUCAGCGCUUGGCUUUGCUAUAUGGUAUCCCUCGUCGUCUACCGAUUAUAUCUAAGCCCAUUGGCUAAAUUCCCCGGUCCAAAGCUUGCUGCACUCACGUCGUGGUAUGAAAUCUACUAUAACAUCUUCAAGAAGGGUGGCGGGCAGUAUAUCUUCAAGAUCAAGCAGAUGCAUGAGAAAUAUGGUCCUAUCGUACGGAUAAACCCGUUCGAGCUCCAUGUGGACGACCCGGCAUACUUCGAUGUCGUCUAUGCGACAAACAAGCAGUUCGACAAGGUCGAGAUGUUUGCCCGUAGCAUCGGCGCGCCGCUCGCUGCUUUCGGGACCAUCGACUCUGCCAAACAUCGUCAACGCCGAGGUGCCAUGGCCGCCUUCUACAGCCGUGCUAGAUCGCGGGACCACGGCCACCGAGUCCAGAUGGUUGUCGACCGUAUCUCUCGUCGUUUCUCUACUGAAUAUGCUGGCACCGGAAAGGUCGUUAACCUCUCCUACGUAUGGGGAUCGCUAUCAAGCGACGUCAUCAUGGAAGUGGCUUUUGCUCGACCCAAGCUCUUUACUGAUGCCCCAGACUUCAAGAGCUCCUUGGCGAUAGGGUUGUCGGAUCUGCUAUAUACCAGUCACACUUUCAUGCAUUUCAGCACCAUACAAUACUUGGUAUCCGCAUUGCCUGGAUGGCUUGUUAAGACGGUUGUACCACCAAUCAAGUCGGUCGUCGACGCCCAGGAGGAAAUUGGAAGCCAAGUAGCCGACAUGGUUGGAGGCCGAAACACCGAAGCUAAGGAGUCUCCUCUCCCUACCCUUUACCGCGACAUUCUCACAUCUCGAUUACCUCCCGAGGAGUUAACUUACCAAAGACUACGCGACGAGGCUAUAUCUACUAUUGCCGCCGGAAUUGAUACGACCAAGUGGACCUUAAGUGUUGCCUGCUACCACAUCCUGGCCAACCCUGACGUUGAACGACGCCUCCGAGCUGAGCUCCAAGAGAGGAUCCCCGACCCCAACCAAAUUCCAGAUUGGUUCGAGCUUGAAACAUUCACAUUCUUAACGGCCAUCGUCAACGAAAGUCUCCGUCUAGCCUGUGCCGUCAGCGAGCGCAUGCCACGCAUCAACAAGACCGCCGCCUGGACCUAUCGCGACUACGUGAUCCCGCCCGGGGUCCCGGUCGGCAUGGACAUCUGGACGAUGCACCACAACACGGUGCUCUUCCCGGACCCGCACACCUUCAAGCCCUCGCGCUGGCUCGGCGACCCGAAGGUCGAGCCGGAGCUGCUCGAGAAGGCCGGGUACCUCCCCCCGCUCGACGGCAAGACCAAGCCGCUCACCCACUACAUGGUCGGCUUCGGCAAGGGCACCCGCAUGUGCGUCGGCAUGUACCUCGCCUACGCGGAGAUCUACAUCGGCCUGGCGACCAUCUUCCGCCGGCACGAGCUGGAGCUGUACGAGACGACGCGCAAGGACGUGGAUAUCGCGUGCGAGAUGAUACUGUCGCUGCCGUGGAAGGGGACCAAGGGUAUUCGGGUCAGGGUUAAGAAAUGA